AUGGCGGCAGCUGCUCCGAUUACACCCGGACAGCGCGAGAAGACCCAGCGAGCCCGGAGGCGGACGGGGCCGGAGCGGAGACACUCCCGCCCGUCGAAACUCCCGCUUCUUGUCUCGGCCCAGGCGGGAGCAAUCGAUCGGCCUCUGGGAACCAUCGAUUCUCCAAGGCCAAAGCAAUCGGCCCGCAGAGGCGCUCUGGGCCCUGUGGCGCCAAUGGGACCCAGAGCUCUUCUUCGUUAUCUUUCGCCAAGUUGUUUGGUCCAAAGUAGCUUCAUUUCUGCUUUUCUCCCCAAUAAUGAUGAUGAUGAUUUAGCCACUGUGGAUACAUUCCCUUGGGUAGUGUCCUUGCAGGAUUCCUGGUAUACCCAUUUGACUUUUGGAUGCAUCCUAAAUGAGUUCUGGAUCCUAAGCAUCGCUUCCUGCUUUCAGAACAGGAAGAAGGUUUUGGCAUUGGUUGGUAUCACUGACAUGAAUGCCAGGAGAAGAACCCAGCCAGAACAUCCCAUCUCUGCCAUCCUCAGGCAUAAGGGCUUCAAUGACAUGACCCUGGAAAAUAACCUUGCUCUCCUGAAGACCUACACAGCCAUAGAGUUCAAUGACCAAGUUCAACCCAUCUGCUUACCUGGCAGGAGGCCCGCCCCAGGAAUCCUGGAGAACUGCUGGGUGUCAGGAUGGAUCCACAUUGUUGCAACUAGAAAGAAAAUGGAGAUGGAUGUCCCAAGGAAGCUUUCCUUGCAGGAAGUGUGGCCCUGUUCCUUAAAGAGACCCUGGGGAACGGCCCACUACAGGUCCAGGGAAGAGAACAAUGCCUUUGGAUGCUUGGGAGACCUAGGAAACCCAGCGAUGUUCCAAGCCAAGGAGAGCAGCCUGUGGGUUCUGAGAGGCAUCUUGAACAAAGGUGGCAUGAGCCGCAUUGGGCCAUUUCUCUAUGCCAAGCUCUCUUACCACAGUGACUGGAUUUCCAAAAGAAUAAUGAAAGACCACAUUGAUUUAUGCCCCAUCUUCAGAUGGCAAUCUACACCCUUCCCUGCUGUGAGAUCAAAACUGCAGAACAUCACCUUGGUGAAGCCACUCCAAGCCUUCUCUUUUCCUCCUCCUCCUCAAGAGGACCUAUCAAAGAUGCAGAAAGGACAAGCCCGUCUGAAGUCUGCUCCAGUUAAGACAGCCACCUCCUCGCAAGGGAUGCAGGCUUCUGGGAGUCCAGAAAUGGAAUACCAAGAGAAUGGGGUAGGGAGGGCUGGCUCGGUGGGCCUCGAAGAGCCUAUUUACUAUGACUACUACAAUGGGGAAGUCAUGCUUAUCUCAGGUCAGGACAGGCUCUGUCAGACCCAGGGAAUGGUCUCUGCCUUCUGCUUGCUGGCUCUUCGCUUUGGUGGCAUCUGAUCCAGGAGGUAGCUGGCUGACAUUUAGAAUUCAACAUCCAUGGUCUUCACGACCCUUUCUAGUGGCUGCCUCCC